AUGGGAAUAAGGACAAGACUCCCACAGAUUUUCCUUCUCCUCACAGUCUUCAUUCUCCUCUCCUCUUCCCACCCGCUGGAGCACGAGGGCUGCCAUGAAGGAGUUUUGCUGCCGUCAGCCAUGCGUGGAGGAUACGAGCCCAAGGGUGAGCUCCGCCAUGGAGCGACUGUAAAGGGGCCCAGGAGUUGGAGAGGUGCGAAGAACCAGGGUGCUUCUCGAAGGAACUACAAUGCUCGUCGUCAGGGAAGAUUCAAACAGCCAUGGCAACAGAAAGAUGAGAGGAGUGUACAGGCUGACAAGGCGUGGGAGAGGAGAAGUCGCAUUGUGAGAGAAAUACAGGAAGAACAGAUGAAGACAAUGAAGACCAACCAUUCUUGGCCGGUCGAGGGUAUCCCGAUCUUCAUUCCUCGAGCAAUACUGAUUCAGAAGUAUCCAAUCGCUAAAGUUUGGAGUGAGAGGAUAGCAAAGCGUCAACAGCUCAAGAAUCAGUCCCUCGCGAUACAAGUCAUCUCUUCCAAGGCUCAAAUCAUAGUUCAGCUGUGUGUGGAUGGCCCAAUGGGAAACUGGCUACGGAUUGUUCAAGAGAAACUCGCCAACAGAUACCGGCAACCCACUUUUGAGGUGCACAUCCCCCUUCUCCGCGUCCAUGGAUCCGUUCCUCCUCAGGCGAUGCUCAACUUGCUCAGGAAUUUUACCAGGGAUUUACAAGAAUUCCGACUUUCCGUCACUAAUCAAGUCUACAUUGAUAAAGCGGAGUACUCGAGUUCUAGGCAGCUCUCUCUCCGAAUAUCGUUAUCUCCCGAAAAAGACGUGGAGGUCUUGUCAGGCCGUUACCUCGAAAUUAGCACAGCACUUUCCAGCAGCGAGGAUAUCCAAACCCUCGCCGUCGUUGAUCCUACUGGACGAUUUAAGAUCCAACGACAUGAGAGAGCUGAGGUCGUCGGCAGCUGCCAUUUCCCGUGA